CGGGACCUCCGUCGUCCGCCUGAUUACGUUGAUAAAAACGGGCUCGAUCAUCCAGAAUCCGCACUUCACGGGUCAUCUGAGGGAAACAGCUCAGUCUGCAGAGGUGCUUCAGUCUGCAGAGGUGCUUCAGUCCACGGACAAUGAAUGUGAGCAAGUGGAACUCGGUUGCGAGCGCGCGGGACCUCCUGACCCAGAAUGACACCAGCCUGGCUCUGUCUGCUGCCGGGCAGACCGCGACCUCCUCGGCGAAAUCCAUCCGAAUCAAAGACCAGAUCAAGGUCUCUUUGUCAAGGAAGGCAACCCAAAAAAAUGGAGGCUUUUCACAAAAUAAGUCAAUGAGGGUUGUGGGCGUCACCAAUGCAAAUUCAUCAAAGCUAAAUGGAUCUAGUUCCUACGGCGGCUCUGUAACAAGCAACCUCAAGAGGGGGCCAACCAAGAGGAUAGAGGUGACCCCCCCACCAAGCCCAAAGUUAUCCUCUCCCAGUCGCUUUAAUCUCAGCAUGUACACCAGUAAGAUUCAAAGUUCAGGACUUGGCCAAUCACUAGUGGCUGGAAAUGUGAAGAAUUUCCACAGGUCGACAUCUGAGCCUUACAAUAUCAAAAAAGCACCCAACCCCACAUCUGUACCCCCUGGAAGGUCCAUCAGACAGACUGGAGGACCACAAGCUAGGUUCCCCAGUCGUGCAUUUCGGCAAACUGUUGGUAUGAAAAGUGUAAGACAAACUGUUGUCAAACCAAACAUUCACAUUAACAGAGGGUUCAGUGAUCCUGGUGAUAACCUUCCAUGGCUAACUCAGCUUAGGAAAAACUGCCAGAAGUCCACGUUUCAGAUAUCCUACCCACCUUCUGUAGCCAGCACGGAGGUGGAGCUCCCCUUUGAGGCGACUCAGACGAAGAUAAGUGGGUUAAAGAAGAAUCCAGAAAUGACUGUGGACGAGGCUCUUUUUUAUUUGACCCAGAACAAUGAGGAAAAGCUAGUUGAAGCAACCAGUUGCUUACAAAGGACGUUUUUCCAGGGAUCCGGUUGGAAAAAGAAGGAGUUCAAGCCACUGUGGAUUAAGCAGCUCCUGCAGCUCCUCAUCCAUGACAAUGAGGUGGUGCCGCGUGUUUCUGCAGGGGUCCUGAGGGUUAUUGUUUACAAAAAAGAUGAAAAUAAAAUUGAAGUGGACAACAAGGAGGGUUUAAACAUAAUUACUAAAGCACUGAAACGCAACAAAGACAAGGAAACCAGACAGCAUCUUACCGGACUUCUUUGGACCCUUUCUUCUCAUGACAAAAUCAAAGAGAGUUUCUCCAAAGAGAACAUUGAUGUAUUGACCAAUGUAAUUCUGGUUCCAAGUUCUGGCAUCUAUAGAGGGGAGAACCCAAAAGACGACCUUGCUGCUGAUCCUGAAGCUUUCUACAGUGCCACGGGCUGCCUGCGAAAUCUGAGCUCUGCUGGUCCGAAGAUCAGGGAUCAGAUGAGGGAGUGUAGAAACCUAGUUGAUUCCAUUGUUUGCCACAUCCGAUUAACUGCAGCCGAUCGUCUGAGUGAUGACGAGUCGACAGGGAACUGCAUCUGCAUCCUGCAAAACCUAGCAUAUGGUCUUGAACCAAAACCACAACUUUCAUCAGAAUCUGACAAUGAAUCUAGAGAAUCUGUGAAACCUGAGAAAACUUCCACUGGCUGUUUUUCAUCUCUCAGUUCCAAAGAGGAGACACCUCUAUCGAAGCCUCCAAAGUUGUCCGCGAAGGCAAAUCCUGUUGGCAUAGAGUGGCUUUGGAGCCCCAUCAUGAUCCGAACGUACCUGUCAUUAAUGGCCUGCAGCAAACAAGAGAGCACACGGGAAGGUGCUAUGGGGGCCCUGCAGAACAUCACAUCAGGAAACUGCCUGGAAUCAGAAGCUAUUGCUGACUUCAUAGUUCAUAAAGAAGAUGGACUUCAAAAAAUUAAAAAUGUUUUAGAGGAAAAGGUCUGCGAGGAGCAAGCUGCACAGCUCAUAAGAAACCUAUCUCGCCACAGUAUAGUGCAGGAUGACAUUGUGAAACAUGUGUUGUCAGAUGUGGUGAAGAUGCUGCCUAACGAUGACCGAGGCGUGGACCAACCCAGAGAGUUGACAGCUUGUCUCUGUCAAAUCCUGAUAAACCUGACCAAAGGUGGCAUAAAAAAUGCCAAAGCCAUCAUCGACCUAAAAGCCCUGACAAAGAUUAAUAAUAUAGCCAGAAUAAGCAAUGGUUCUGAUCCAAGCCAAGCAGGUCGUGCAGCCUGUAUUCUGAUGCAACUCAUGUGGCAGCAGACUGCACUCCACUCGUACAUCAGAAAGGUGAGUGGCUUGAGAAAAAAACAUUUUAUCAACAAAAGGACAAAUGCUGUCAUGGAAUCAGAGGAACAAAAAAGAAAACUUUCCAAUCGCUGAUUGUAUUUUUUUUGUCAUUUGUGUCGUUGUGUAUUUUUGCUGUUCAUAAGUCUUUUAUUUACUUCAUAUUAACCACAUGGUUCAAUAAAGAUAAGGACAUGAUAUAGAUGAGAUAUUAACAUAAAAGUUUCUGUUUUCAUGUUUUAACAUUUUCCGUUUUGGUACUUCUUUUGAAAUGUUCUAACAUUUUUACCUCUCAAUGACGUCUAAAGUUUCUAUUAUUUUGUAUAUCUGACAAAAACACAAGAUAGUUCUAGUUCACUCUUGUGAAACAUCAUGGGUAAUGAUACGCCUUUAAUCAGUGAAAGGAAACUGUAGCAGUGGUGCCCAAAUCCAGGCCUCCAGGGCCGGCGUCCUGCUAGUUUUCCUGCCGUAUCUUCUCUUGAUUACCUGGAUCAGGUGUGUUUAGCCAAUAAGGAGCUUCAAUUGCAGGUUGGUUGGAAAACAUGUAGGACACCAGCCCUUAAGGCCUGGAUUUGGGCAAACCCCGCCCUAAUGGCUACAGUAAAAAAUGCAAAGUAUGUGUAGUUUAUGUAUCUUUUUAUAUUGUAUAUGUGUAGAAUAACAGCUGAUGAAAAUGAAAUACAAUUUCUUUUUCGAAACUUCCUUAACUGUAUUAUUGAGCAUCAUUUGAAGAAAGCAGUAGUACUUACUGUAGUUAUUGGAAGUAAAUCAACUUUUUUUUGUUAUUUAUAUAAAACCUUGCUUUUCGAAAUUGAUAAAGAAAAUGUACCUUAACAUAUUUCCUGUUUCAUAACAACUUCAAUAAACAUGAAUGAGAAAAAUCAAAAAA